AUGACGGUGGAAGAAUCAAUGAGACCGAGGGGUUUCUCCGAACCGAAAGAUACGCUUCAGAAGCAUAUCUUGAAGGACCCAGGGAACCAUCCUCCUUCUCACUUUAAAGACAGAAUGUCACCAAUGCGCUUUGCCAUGAGACAAGAGUUGCUUAGAUUCACGGAUACACAGUCUGUAAAACUAUAUGAAUGGCAGAGGGCGCAUAGAACCAAGGUGAGGGACAUCUUUUUCGCGUACACAUCUUCAUUGGGCUCUCACACAUUUUAUGUGCUCUGCUUGCCGCUUCCUGCAUUCAUGGGGCAUUUCCACUUGGUUCACGACAUGGUGUAUCUUCUAGGGUAUUCGAUAUAUGUGAGUGGCUAUUUGAAGGAUUACUGGUGCUUACCAAGACCAAGGUCUCCGCCGCUGCACAGAAUUACUUUCAGUGCAUACACAACAAUGGAAUAUGGAGCUCCCAGUUCACAUGCAGCCAACGCGACGGUCGUGACCUUGCUACUGCUAUCGCAUAUUUGGUCUAGCUCCGAGAGCUCCGUAUUCACGAAGCUGAUGUUUAGUGCAAUGACAUUCAGCUACUAUUUCACAUUGGUCGGAGGCAGAAUAUACUGCGGUAUGCAUGGGUUGCUUGACAUUAUAAGUGGGUCUCUGGUGGGGGUCUUUUGCUUUGUGCUGAAACAUUUUCUGGCCAAAUUUGUUCUUCAAGAUUUUAAAAUAGGCGACCAUUGGUGGUCUCCGUUGCUCAGCGUUGCCUUUGCGCUCGCAAUACUGUUCACCCAUGUAAGACCCAUUGACGAAUGCCCAUGCUUCGAAGACAGCGUUGCCUUUGUCGGAGUCAUCAGCGGCCUUGAAUGCAGCGAGUGGUUUUUGCAAAGAUCAAAUCUCGAGCCAGGCGCCGGAAUGGGACUCGAAAAAGGAAUGGCCCUCUUCCUUUUGCGACUGCUAGUCGGCAUUCCACUGAUUGUCAUAUGGAAGUACGUGGUAAGCAAGCCGCUGGUGUAUUCCGCGUUGAUCCAUGCUUUCCAAGUCCCCGACGACAGAGCCGACAAACUGGCAAAAAGGCAAGCAGCAAAGAAAGAGAGCACAACGGUGUGUCCGCUAUACAUCGGAGAAGCCAAGAUAGACAUCAUAGGGAGAUUUAUCAUUUACGCCGGCGUCCCGGUCACUGUGAUAGUCGUGUGCCCUCUUGCGUUCGCAGCGCUCAACAUCAUGUCAGAAUAG